GUUAGUACAAUAUAUGUGCUCGGGGUCGGGACAGAGCGGACCGGAACCCGGAACCCAGUAGUGGUGUCCGCUCCGACGAGGGACGUUGAUCGAUCUUCUUGUUGUGUCGUUUAAUACGCGUUGUACGACGCGCGAUUUUCAUGAUGUAGCGCUAGAGUAUUCGGGUUGACAGAGAGACUCGAGCAGAUCGCUGAUAAUCCGAACGAUCGCCCCUCCGUGAUCCUGUCGAGAGGAUUUUUUUCUCCUCGUUCCCAUUCGGUCUUUGACGUCGUUGCGCGUGUGUGUAUAUGCGAACAUACGUUCCGAGACGACGCACGGGAGAACGUGGAGCCCUCACGGGGCCAGGUAUCAAAGUGCGAAUCACAGCGUCAAGAUGGCGUGUGCCACGAGCACAGCUGUUGUUUACCCACAAACCCGUGUGGAGCAGGUCACUGGCUGCUGCCGCUACUGUUGAGAGGUCGAGCGCGCUAACGACGACUGGCUCUCCCGUCGUCGGGACUGGUCGGGUCGGGACGAUGGGAGAUGCUCGACGAAUGAGCGACUCGGAGUAACGGAGCAUUCUCGAGAGAGCAGCGUGACGGCGACGUGACGAGACGUGACAACAACGACGACGACGACGACGACAACAACGAGGAGGACGACGACGACGACGACGACGACGUCGGUGGUAGUGGCGGCAGCGGUGGUGGUAGUAGUAGUGGUGUACCGAGGAAAAAACGGAAAGAUUGACUCGAUGGAGGGUGGCGAGGCCUGCGACGGCAGAAGUCACGAAGUCAGCGGGCACGAAUCGAGCGCGAGAAACUAACCUAAUUGCGCCAGAUCCGCCAUCGGUCGGCACGAGGACGGCGAGGACGGCGAGGCGAAGUGAUCGAGAGUGGAAGCGUCGAUACCGAAGGAGAAAGCGGCGAAGUUAGUUUACGUUUAGUUGACGCGACAAGUGCGCGUUAUCCGCUCGUCGCCCUGCAUGGCUCCUUUAACCUCCCUGAAUGAUCUGACGUCUCGAUGCGUUACGUAAAAAGCGCGAAUGCACGAUUGACCGCAAGAUUGACGAUGUCUACAUUCCUGAUUUCGCUUGUCUUUCGAUCACAACACUGCAUAUGACGCCCACGUGUUAAUGCAUCGUGUCUGCAUGAUUCUUGGCAAGUUUGAGGUAUCAUCAUGAAUGCCAGGACGCAGCUGUUUGAAUUGAGUAUGGAGGGACGCCAGGUGGAUGAGGCGGUUGCGAGUAUAUUUCAUACCGUACUCUUUCAUCGAAGUCUCGGCAAAUUCAAGUACAAACAGGAAGGCAGCUACUCGGUGGGCACUGUGGGAUAUCAGGAUGUGGAUUGCGACUUCAUUGAUCUCACUUACGUCUGCUGUUCGUCGGUGUAUCUCGAUCAGACGCUGAAACGCGAGAUAUCGGGAUUUUCGGAAGCUCUUCGUUCCACUGACAGUCCGGGCUCAGGUCAGAUAUCUCUAGAAUUCUUCCAGAGGAAAAAGAGCCGCUGGCCAUUUCAACCAGAAUGCAUACCAUGGGAGGUAUGGACUGUACGUCUCGAACUCAUCAAAUUGGCCACUGAACAUGAACGGCAGAUAUGUCGGGAAAAGGUGGGCGACCUGCUGACCGAGAAGAUCCUUUACAUCACCGAGGUUAUGAAUCGACACGAUUAUGUUCCGAAAGUGCCGAGUCAAGCUGAACUGGAUUUGAUCUUUGAUACUUCGUAUCCAGAUAUACAGCCGUACCUCUUUAAAAUGUCCUUCACGACCUCUAGUCCGUCGACCACCACGAUGGGCAAUACUAUGAAAAAAUUGAUCAGAGAGACACUGUCCAUUUAGUUGUUAUAAGGUAUAGUUCUAAAGUUCUAACAUUAAUAUGUAUAGUUUAGAGUCAUCUGAAAAACGCAAAACUUGCUCUUAUUUUUCAUCUAUGAUAUACAAAUUUCUGUUGCAUUGCACCAUGCAAUUUCAUUUCAGAUUUGUUCAUAAUGACUCUAAUCUACCUUAGCUAUUAUUAUGAGUUCCUAAAAAAGAAAAAAAAUUCUAAAUUUAUUCUACGAAGAAUGAUCCGAAUAGAGAAACUAUGAAAAGUACCCGGCGUGCUUUGCCUACAUGGUAGACUCUUAUCACGGAUUUUGUAAGCUCUAGUAUCUCUUAUAAAAAAAAACAAAAAAAAAAACGGAAUAUAUACAUCACAGAAACUUUAUACAUCACAGGGACUUCCGCUGUGUCUCUAAUGUCUUUAUAGUACAAAUGAACACAACACUCUUGUGACACCUGCUUUUUUUGUACUUUACUAUGAACGUCCGUCGCAUAAUUUUAGCAGGAUCAUAUUAAUCACGUCUUACACGAUAAUAUUUCGCAUUAUACCUCUUAAAAUCUUACCAUUCAAGUCUCUCUCGACACAUGACUUUUAUCAAGGCAAAACGACAUUAUGUUCCUCUCUCGCUUCUCACCCUUUUUAAAUGCUGUGUGUAUACAUCGUAGAAUAGAUUCGAGCGUAAUUUCUAGAUAUAUUUCUGGAAUUUAACUUUGCGCGUCGCAUAAAGAAGAUAAUUUGAUUUAGAGUAAGGAUACAGAAAAAUAUUAAACCUCUAGUUGAGAAGAGCAAGAUGUUUCCAGAUAUUUUAAUGUCUAGUAGAAUCUUUGAGAGCAAUGCAUCUCUAAAAGUCUCGUUAUUUACUUACUCCUUCACAAACUUCUUCGAGUGCAUAACGGCUGUAUUCGGCACUUUCUUCAGUCACAUUAUUUUUCAUUAAUGUUGAAAGUAUACAUAGUUAUCUCAAAUUGAUGAUAAUGGAAAAUGCUUUUGGAUGAUUCCGCAUGUAUAUAUACGUACAUCCAUUCAUACAUAUAUGCAUGCAUACAUACAUACAUACACACAAACACAUACACAUACAUAUAUAUAUCUACAUGCAUACAUACAAUUUAUAUGUACACAUACGUGCGUGCGUUGCACGACGUGUGGUGUGUAUACCUUGCGUUUGCAUAUAAAACAUACGUAUAAUUUUGGCUUCUUGAAUCUAACACUAAAUUUUCAGCCGUCUAAUUUUGGAUUUAGUAAUAUGAAAAUCGGCAUCAAAGCCUUUGGGAGUCAUAUUUAGCAUCAAUUUGCACGGCAACGUGUUAAUUAAAUAAUUAUGGUGUAUGGAUGGAAUCGAUUGUUAUUUAUUUACGUGGAUGAUGAUACGUAACGUAACAUCAGAUUAUAUUAUGACGCGCAGAUUACAAAUUAUUCACACUACUUUCAUUGAUCUUAAGUUAACACAUAUAUAUAAUCAAAGUGUAAAAUAAGUUAAAAUAUAAUUGUUAAGUCAAUGCGCGCGAUGCCCGCAAUAUCGAAGCGCACCGGGUGAUACGAAAGAACCGCACGAAAAAUCGCAUUCAUAAUUACAUUUUCCCAGUCGUUUCGUGCCUUCGUAUCGAAUUUUUGAUAGGAAAAUUAAUGUGCUAGGAAAACUAACAUACCUGAUCCAGACAUCAUUAUUAUUGUAUAUAAUAUGAUGAUAAUGAUAAUAUCAUUAUUAUUUAUUGACCACACGCGAAGCAUCUCUCAUCUCGUAAGGAGUGAGAUAGUCUCUCUCUCGUGCAGAAGAUAAAUCUGUGAUCCUUCUCGGAUUCGAGGCAGUUUUGUUUCUAUUCCUCGUAAGCGAUAAGUGUGUGUGUGUGUGUGUGUGCCGUUGACGUGUCGUUUUAGGAGUUCCAAGUUGACGGGAAACGCGCGGAUAUCGGAACGUUCGUUGGCGGCGACCCACGCGCGAUUAUACUUAUUGUACAAUGUAAAUAGUGUGUCCGAAAAUUAUGCCGUAAAUCAAAGACGUCGUGUCGGAAGGGUCUUCGCACGUUCCGAGAUCCGCACUUCGGCUUUUCCUAUGACCAAUCAACAGAGAUAUCACGACGCGUAAUACACAUAUACUUUACGAGUUAAGUAAAGUAGACGAGAAGCGUAAUAUUAAUUUAUAGUUGAUCAUAUAUUGUCUCUAUUGCUUUCUUUCGCGAUGUUCUCUAAGUAGUUUAAUAUACAAUUGCAAUUUAGCUAAAUGUUUCGCGAAUCGAGCAUACGUCGAUUCUAUUGGAUUGUUUUUCUUCUCUUGUCGAUUGAAGGAAAGAAAAGAAAAGAAAAGAAAGGGAAAGAAAAAUAAAGCGGGGAUCGUCGAUAAUCUGCCGUUCUCUGUGAUUCUCUGAAUCUACUCCAAUCUCUUUCCCUUGCACCAUCCGGUAGAUGCCGUGUACGAUUGUAAAAAGAUAUGACAUUAUGAAAAAGAGAGGCGCGCAUAUAUGUGUGUAUAGGCGCAUAUAAAUAUAUAUAUAUAUAAAUAUGAUAUAUAGAAAGAACAAAGAGCGAGAAAGAAAGAAAGGACGAAAGCACGAGCGAGUGGCCACGUGUGUAUGUGCAACUAGAAUUUUGCGGAUUUAUCAAAUUGCCACAUGCUGUUAUAAAUAAAUAUAAUUAUAUGUGUAUAUAUAUAUAUAUAUAUAUAUAUAUAUAUAUAUAUAUAUAUAUGUAAGCAAAAUAGAAGAUAAAACCGAGACCUGUAUAUUAUAAGCUGCGAGACAAAAUGUGACAAAAUGUGUAGUGUGUAUAGCGAGAAAGAUAAAAUAUCUGCAAGUUUUAAUUUAUCAUGAUGAGUACGCUGAUGAUAAAGGACUAAUUAUUAAUAAAUUACUGUAUUUUAUAAUA